GGUGGCGCAGGGCGGGCUGGGCCUUCCGUGGGACAGGGAUGGGGACCGGGACAGGGGGCGGGAUGUGUCAACCAAAUACCAGCGGGUGAGUCGGCGGCCGAACCAGCCGGGCAGGUCCGGCGGAGUAUAAAAGCAGGAGGGAGCGGCAGGCGGCAGACGCCAGGAGACCAUCCUAGACGGCGGAGCCCGAGCCCAGCAGAGUCCUCCGGCCCUCGCCAGCCCGCGCCCGGUCCGCGCUCCUCCGGCCCACCAUGGCCCGGGGCCCCGGCCUCGCGCUGCCGUCGCCGUCGCUGCUGCCGCUGCUCCUGCUGCUGGGGGCGGUGAUGGGCCACGCGGCCGCGCAGAAUAACUGCACAUGCCCCACCAACAAGAUGACCGUGUGCGACUGGAGCGGCCCGGGCGGCCGCUGCCUGUGCCGCGCGCUCGGCUCGGGCCUGGAGGUCGACUGCUCCACGCUGACGUCCAAGUGCCUCCUGCUCAAGGCCCGCAUGAGCGCCCCCAAGAGCGGCCGCGCGCUGGUGCGGCCGAGCGAGUACGCGCUCUUGGACAACGACGGCCUGUACGACCCCGACUGUGACCACCAGGGCCGCUUCAAGGCGCGCCAGUGCAACCAGACGUCUGUGUGCUGGUGCGUGAACUCGGUGGGCGUGCGCCGCACCGACAAGGGCGACCUGAGCCUGCGCUGCGACGAGCUGGUGCGCACCUACCACAUCCUCAUCGACCUGCGCCACCGCCCGGCCACCCGCGCCUUCAACCACUCGGACCUGGACGCCGAGCUGCGGCGGCUCUUCCGGGAGCGCUACCGGCUGUCCCCCAGGUUCCUAGCGGCCGUGCACUACGAGCACCCCACCAUCCAGAUCGAGCUGCGGCAGAACGCGUCGCAGAAGGCCCCCGGCGAUGUGGACAUCGCCGACGCCGCCUACUACUUCGAGAGGGACGUCAAGGGCGAGUCGCUGUUCCCCGGCCAAGGCGGCCUCGACGUGCGCGUUCGCGGAGAGCCCCUGCUGGUGGAGCGAACGCUCAUCUACUACCUGGACGAGAAGCCGCCCCAGUUCUCCAUGAAGCGCCUCACCGGAGGCCUCAUCGCCGUCAUCGUGGUGGUGGUGGUGGCCCUCGUCGCCGGGGUGGCCGUCCUGGUGAUCACCAACCGGAGGAGGUCGGGGAAGUACAAGAAGGUGGAGAUCAAGGAACUGGGGGAGAUGAGAAAGCAACCGAGCUUGUAGGUACCGGCGGCGCGAGGGUGGGCUGGGGUAUCGGAUUUCGGCGUGGUCCGGGUCCAAGUGAGUCACGCUUCUUGAUUCUUGGCCCCAAGGAGACAUUUCUCCUCCCAUAUUUCUGUCUCCCUCCACCGCCACCAAAUGUAAUAGAUCCUGUUCUCAGGAUCACCUCCCUUUCUGACUUCUGUCUUAAAGGAAGCAUUUCUAAAAUUCCCUUUUGGUCCAACCAAACACCUGACUCGAAGAGUUUAAGGGAACUUUGGCAUAGGGUUAUGUGUUAAGAAUCAAGUGACUACAUGACAAUCCAGCAUCGUUUGAAAGUGACACAAUCGAUGCUGAAGGCUUAAAUGCAUUAGGAUGGGAAACGGCGCUUUUACUGUCUUGGGUUUAAGUUAUUUGAUUAGCUCCACUUGAAUGUGGCCUUCCUGAUGAGUUCGCUAAUUGGGCCCGUGUAGUAGCCUCAUUUACCAUCGUUUGUAUUACCGACCACUUAUGCUUGCCACCGGGAAACAAGCCUAUUCCAGCUGCCUGAACACAUUUCAGAUGUCUUUGAGGACAGACUCUGGCCCAGAAACUCAGCGUCUUUUCUUCAGCUUGCCCUUAUUACAGCGGAUAUUAGUCAUGUUUCUUUUGUAAAAUGUUUGUACAUACGUUGUCUUUGAUAAUACGGUUGUGAUUUUUUUUAAAAAAACACCAAUUUAAUAAAAUGAAAAAGGCACAAACCAGAA